AUCUAGCUUGCAUUGCUGGUAGAAUAACCGAAUUGAAUACCUGACAAAAUCCAACUUCGGUACGCUCCAACUUGAAAAGUUCACAGCAAUUAUAUACUCGUUUACGCCACACACAGUCACCAUCAUUGGUAGUUCCAAAUAAUUCUUCACAGGUAUUUUCAAAGUAUUCAAACUUGCCGAACUGGAAUUCUUCGAAACGUUGAAAGAACUCGCGAAAAGCUUUGAUUGUAUUUUGGGGCGAAUGAAGAGGUAGAAAUUUGGCUUCAGCUGCAGGCAUCUUGGACCAAUUAAAACGAUAUCGAGGGCAGAUGGCAAUCGAUGGGAAGGGUAUGAAAAAGACUGGCAAUACAGAAUCUUCGACAAUGGUAGCUGUGGUUGUGAGAAGGAUGAUUGCCCAAAUGAUUCUGGAGGGAAUUUAAACAAAAAAAAGAAAAAGAAGUUCCGAAUGAAUAGUGUGUUGAGAUGUGGUUUUAAUUACUUUUGAAAAGAAGUGUGGAAUGGUUCCUUGAUGGAAGUGCAAGUGGUUGGAUACAGGAAUUCUAUUUAACAAUUUAAUUGAUAUUUUUGGGCCUUUUGCGUAUUGUUAGCCACCUUUUUAACCAUUUGGACAUGUAAUAUGCUAUCAGGAAAAUACAGCGAUCGUGUACUUAUGACAGUUGUUCAAAACUCCCAGUAUCCAGUAUUUAAAAUUGACUUCCCAGCUAUUGCAGUUUGUACCAAACAUCAAAUCAAUUGGAAACGCAUUCAAAAAGCUCGCGAUAAAUUCCUUCCAGCUGAUGCAUCCAAUGAAACUAUUGAAAUGUUUAUGAGUUUUGCCAAACGUUUAGAUUCUUUCAAAUUUAAUAACUUUCAAAGUAUGGAAGGCCUUGAAAACGAACCAUUGUAUUUAAUCAAUACACUAAGUAUUUCCAAAAUUGCACAAUAUUUGGCUUUUCGUUGUGAAGAAAUUAUGAUUGGAACUUGUAUGUUUGCUGGACAACCAUUUCGUUGUUGUAAGAAUUUUAUACCAGAAAAAACUCAUCUCGGAAUGUGUUUGGUUUUCAAUUCGGUUGUUUCGCCACAAUCAAAACAAAUGGCGAUUGGUGAUAAAUUUUAUCCAUACAAAAACAGUAAAAAUGGUGAAGGACGUGGUUUGGUUUUCAUGGUUAAACGAAAUGUUUCGAAUGAGGUUCCGGGGGUCAAAAAUAACAACUCAGGAAUUGAAUUGAUGAUUAAAAAGCCUGAUCAAUGGACAGAAUGGAAGACAUAUCAUCUUCGUGUUAACACUGAUAAUGAAAUAAUAUUGCAACCACAGUUAACAGUGGCUCACCAAGAGUUGAAAGAUUUUCCGCUAUCAUUUCGAAAAUGUCUUUUUGAGCAUGAAAAGUCUACAAGAUUUUUUAUUCCCGGUUUGGACUAUCAUCUAUGGAAUUGUAAGAUUCAAUGUUACCAAGACUAUCUUAUAAAAUUUUGUAACUGUACAAUUCCACUGUUUUUUAACUUAAAUGGAAUAUCAGCACGUGAAUGUACAGCUUCUGAUUAUAUUUGCGUCUACAAAAAUAGAGAAACCUUCAGCUCUGGCACAGAUCCUAAGAUAGAACAAUUUGUUGAACCAGCUGAACUUGUUCGAGGAAUAUCAUGUCCAUGUCCCCCGAGUUGCACUAGUCUAACUUUUCCCAUACAUCUAAAUACAAUUCCAGCAUAUAACUUUUCAAGUGAAAUAACAGCAACACGUGUUGAUAUAUACUAUCAAUCAGAAGUAAUAAUGCAAUAUUUAACAACACUUAAAUAUUCAAUAUGGGAUCUAACAGGCUAUUUCGGAGGAAUCGUAACCUUAUUCGUUGGAGCUUCUCUACUGACCAGUGUUGAACUAAUUCACUUUGGGAUUUUGGAAAUUUGUUCGUGCUUUAGGAGGAAAAAUUCGAAUAAACAACUACAGGGAAAUCCAAAGAUUCGAGGAAAUAUGAAAUUAGGACUACUGUACAAGUGAAUCGUCAAUCAUAUCUCUUCAUAUCUCUCAUAUUUUGAUUAGUCAUGAGAGAGUUUGCAUUUAAAUUUAAAAGCACUAAAAAAUUAGUUACGUAAUUAUGAAAAUUAUAGAGCAUUAUAAUGUAUUGCUCCCAAAUGGCUUAAUCAAUGUUAAAAAGAGUGAUUCGAAGUAUUCAGGAUAAUAAUAAUAAUUAUUAUCUUAUUCCUCAAGGUACG